UGCAGCCAUCCUCACUGUGAGUCAGGUUGACCUAAAGCAGCUUCCAAGAUGUCUCAGCAAUGUACUCUGCCGGUGACCUUGCCCACUGCCCCCAGUAAGGAGCCCCUCAAGCCUGUUUCUCCUCCCACCAACAUCCAGCAGGAGCAAGUGAAGCAGCCAACUCCACUGCCUGCCCCAUUCCAGAAGGUACCCUCGGAGAUCCCAGGGAAGGAUCCCAUGGAGCUCGGGAAGAAACACACAACUCCUGUGAAGGAGGUGCCCAAGAAAGAGUGUGAGCCACGGCAACAGGAGCCACAGCAGCAGGAACAGCAGCAGCAGCAGCAGCAGCAGCAAAAGUCAGAGGAGCAAGGAAAGCCUGUGGAACAGCAGCAGCAGCAGAAAGAGUCCCAGGAGAAAGGAAAGCCUGUGGAACAGCAGCAGCAGCAGAAAGUGUCCCAGGAGCAAGGAAAGCCUGUGAUACAGCAGCAGCAGCAGCAGAAAGAGUCCCAGGAGAAAGGAAAGCCUCAGCAGCAGCAGCAGAAAGAGUCACAGGAGCAAGGAAAGCCUGUGGAACAGCAGCAGCAGCAGCAGCAGAAAGAGUCACAGGAGCAAGGAAAGCCUGUGGAACAGCAGCAGCAGCAGCAGCAGAAAGAGUCCCAGGAGCAAGGAAAGCCUGUGGAACAGCAGCAGCAGCAGCAGAAAGAGUCCCAGGAGAAAGGAAAGCCUGUGGAACAGCAGCAGCAGCAGAAAGAGUCCCAGGAGCAAGGAAAGCCUGUGGAACAGCAGCAGCAGCAGCAGCAGAAAGAGUCCCAGGAGCAAGGAAAGCCUGUGGAACAGCAGCAGCAGCAGAAAGAGUCCCAGGAGCAAGGAAAGCCUGUGGAACAGCAGCAGCAGCAGCAGAAAGAGUCACAGGAGAAAGGAAAGCCUGUGGAACAGCAACAGCAGCAGAAAGAGUCCCAGGAGCAAGGAAAGCCUGUGGAACAGCAGCAGCAGCAGCAGCAGAAAGAGUCACAGGAGCAAGGAAAGCCUGUGGAACAGCAGCAGCAGCAGCAGAAAGUGUCACAGGAGCAAGGAAAGCAUGUGGAACAGCUGAAACAGGAGAAGAAGGUCUUGGGCCAGCGGCUGGAUCAAGAGCUAGCAAAGAAAGAUGAGCAACUGGAAAAGAAAGGGGAGCAGCAGCUGAAGCAGUAGGAGGGGUUGCUGAAGUAGCCUCUUCUUGUCCCAACUCCUGGCCAGGUCCAAGAGACCAACCCAGUCCAGCCACUGAAGGGAGAAGUCUUGCCCCCUAAAGAAGCAGGAGGUGUAGUGUCCCCCAAAUAUAAGUAACCACCCCUAGGGGCCCAGAGGCCCCUGGAAGUCCCACACAAGUGAAGAGAGAGCCAGUGGCCAGGCUUACCUCCAGUCCCCAGCCUGGGUGGCCCACCUUAUCUGUGAACCUGCCUGACCCUGUCCUUCUGCAUGUCCCUUGGAUAGGGCUUGGCGGGGAGGGGAGCUAUUGCCCAGCACCCACCCCUGAUGAGCCCAAUCCCAACCUCAGGUGUCCAGAGCCUCUGCUUGAAGAGACAGUGACUACAGCAACUCUGACUGCAUCCCCACUACUAUUGUUGAAUCUGUGAGUGUGUACAAUAAUACAGAAUAAAUGCUGGAAGACCUGG